AUGGCCACCACUGUUUAUCGGUGAGUUUUUGUAUAUAUAUUUUAUUAGAAAUCUAAAUAGAGUGAAAAUUGAAAUAGUUUCCUUUGACAAGGAAAGUUCAUAAACUUUUGAUAAAACAUAUACCAAAUCGACCAUGCUGAUCAGGAUUCCGAAGUCAAAAAUUGCCACAAAUGCCUGUGAGCACUUUUCUGGAGCUACUUACAAAGUUAGAAUUGAGUUUUGGUUUUCGCCCAUUUUCACCUUGUUCCCGGGUGGAAAAUCAAUUUUUAUAAUAUGAAUAAGGUUGUUCACAACAUUCGAACCCCUACUCAGAGAUUCGCUGGCCAGCUCGCCACUAGAUCAGGACCAGGUGGCCGGAAAGUUCAAAACGAGCUGAAUUUGAUUCGGCCACCAGGUCGCCUUGAGUUUUCCGGCGACGUGGCCUGUGUGUUUGAAAUCCUGGAAAGCUAGCAAGACGGUGGUUUGUACUCAAAAUAGUGCAUUUUUUACUGUUUUUUUCACUUCCUAAGGUUUCUAAUACUCCGAAAAAACAGAAAAUGAGCCAAUUUCUUCUAUAAUGCUCGGAUUCACAAGUUUUUUGGUCUUUUUUCUUUUAAGCGAGACGAUCUGGACGCGAAGUCGGGUCGAGCUGGACAACCUGGGCGAGGUGGUCUGCAUGAACUGAACCACCUCGCGACCAGGUCGUCUGGCAAAAAAUACGGGCGAUGUGGUUGUCCGUGUCAAUUUCAGAUGGGCAGUCGACCCCACCUAGUGACCAGCUGGCCAGCGAAUCUCUGAGUAUCAGCUUUUUAGUAUUUCAAAAAUAUGAAAACCGAGCUGAAAACUGUAAUUUUUAAAAAUGCACAAAAAACUUUGAAAAACGUGUGCGUUUUCGUGCCUUUUCUUAAAAAUUACAGUUUUCAGCUGAUUUUUCAUAUUUUUUUAAAAAGUUAAAAAGCUGAUAUGUUUUCGAAUGUUGUGAACAUCCUUAUUCAAGUUAUAAAAAUUGAUUUUCCACCCAGGAACAUGGUGAAAAGUGGCGAAAACCAGAACUUAAUUCUAACUUUGUAAGCAGCCCCAGAAAAGUGCUCACAGGGGUUUGUGGCAAUUUAUGACUUCGGAAUCGUGAUCAGCACCGUCGAUUUGGUAUAAGUUUUAUGAAAAGUUUAUUCCGGGACCUUAUGAACUCUUCUUGUGAACAUGACGCUUGAAAAAACAGAAAAAAACCUGGAUUUUCCCCCAGAAAAUCUUUAAAAACCGCCCAAAUGUUUCCAGCUUGAUCACCAUAAUCUCGUUGGUCUCUCUCCUCCACUGUGCCUAUUCAGCCGCUCAACAUCGCUCCUAUCUUCGGCUCACCGAGCAACCUUUCAUCAAUCUUCCAUCCGACGUUUUGGCUCAAACCAUCGUCUCAUUAUUGGCGUUGAUCUACGGAACAUCUUUCCUCUCUGCACCUUUUCAAUUCAUCAAAAAAGAUCAGGUUUGUAUUGCAAACUUGUAUAGAUAGGAAAAGCUUGAGAGAAAAGUGGCCACCGCCUGUUUUUCUCUAAAUCUCGCUGUCUCUCACCAAUUGGUCAAUUUUUAUGAUUUAUUUUGUUGUUUUUUUCUGAUUGUGAGAGGGAUAUGGGAGAUCUGGGAAAAUGUGAGAUUUUUACUGAAAAUAGGGGGUGGGAGAUAUUUUCUGUUGAAAAUUCAGAUAUUUCGGACUUUGAAAACAUGAAUUUUAUAUUGGUUUUCAGCUGAAAAUGCUUAUUUUCACCCAAAAUUCAAAAAAAAACCGAAAAAUCACAAUUUCUAGCUCAAAACCAGAGUUAAAAGUCCCUGAUUGUUCCCUGGAAUUAAUUUUUGAGAUUUAGAUUUCUAAAUACCUUGAAAGCUUGAAAUCAACCCGAAAUACAAAGAUUUUGAUAUGAAAAUUCAGAUUUACAGCCAAAAAUAGGAUUUCCAGCUCAAAAUCACAAAAAUCUCAAUUUCUAGCUCAAAACCACAAAAAAAUGGCCUAGAAACCCAAAAAUAUGAUUUUGAUGGCCUAGAAACAGAAAAAAUUUGCUUUUGAUGACCUAGAAAUCCAGAAUAUGGCCUAGAAACCCAAAAAUAUAAUUUUUAUGGCCUAGAAACCCAAAAAUAUGAUUUUGACGGCCUAGAAACCCAAAAUAUGACCUAGAACCCCGAUAAUUUGCUUUUGAUAGCCUAGAAUCCCAAAAAGUUGCUUUUGAUGACCUAAAAACCCGAUAAUUUGAUUUCGAUGGCCUAGAAUCCAAUAAAAUGGCCUAGAAACCCAAAAAUGACUUUUUUCCAGCACCACGAUCGAACAUGCGACGAAGCGCUCAACUGUCCCUCAUUCAUCACCUUCGACAAUCGAGCCAAAGCAAUGUCGCCCGAAUUCGCAAUGAUGAAAGCGAUUCGCGAGGCGAACGCGGCGCGACGAGUCGAAAUGGAUGGCAGAGUCGCGGCGGCGGCGGCUCGCGAAGAUCUUAUUCAUUAAUUUUCAAUAAUAAUAAUUAUCACUAUCAUUAUCCAUAUGCUUCAAAUCGACAUUUUUCAACAAAAACUUCACCAUUUGCCAAUGAGAAAACUAGUAGUAGUAGUAAAAAUACGCUCAAUUUUGAUAAUAUUCCGGGUGCCAGGUUGGUUUUUUUUUUGUUUUUUUGAAAAAAAAAAGUGCUCAAAAUACAUUUUUCUUCACAAAAAAUUGAAAAAUAUCAGUGGCCGAAGUAUUUUGGCGGCCGAGAAAUGUCGGGAAUUCGGCCAACGCAACAAACGCGCUACAACUCAUUGUCUAUUGAAAUUAUGUUAUCGAAUUUGAAAAAUGUGGCUGGCGUAAAAAUUGAAACCAGUGCAGAGUCGCGUGCGGCUUUGCGUCGCGGUCGAGAAAAAUUCAAUAAAUCUUUGUUUAAUUUCAAUAGACAAUGAGUUGGAGCGCGUUUGUUGCGUUGGCCGAAUUCCCGACAUUUCUCGGCCAAAAUACUUCGGUCACAUAUAUUUUUCAACUUUUUGUGAAGUAAAAUGUGUUUUGAACCGUUUUUAAUCGGAAUUUCAAAAAAAAGUGAAUUUCAGAGUGCCAAAAAAUGCGAAACCAACUCGAAUUCUAGAAAUCACCAAAGAACAAGCUGAUGAGGCAAUCAAAAGUUGCCUAGAUUUGAUUCGAAAACACGACAGGGAGAGCUAUUUGACGAUUUUGGCGAUGCCGAAAGCUGUGCAAGUUGAGCUAAUUGCGGUGAGUAUUUUUGAGCCAGGAAAAACUUUAAAAAAUAAUUUUUUCACUCAAAAAUUCCACCCUGAAGAUUCUUGAAAAUCACAAUUUUUAGCUUUAAACCAUACGUGGAAUUAAUUUUUGAAAUUAGAUUUCUAAAUAGCUUGAAAGCUUGAAAUUAACCCGAAAUACAAAGAUUUUGAUAUAAAAAUUUAGAUUUACAGCAAAAAUAAUAUUUUCACAAGGGAAGUGCAUAGGGUUAGGUGUUGAACUUUUGAUGAAACGUUCGAAAUAAACCAAAUCGACCAUGCUGAUCACGAAUCCGAAGUUAAAAAUUGCCACAAAUGCCUGUGAGCACUUUUCUGGAGCUCCAAAGUUGAAAUUGAGUUUUGGUUUUUGCCCAUUUUCCCCUUAUUCCUGGGUGGAAAAUCAAUUUUUAUAACAUGAAUAAGGUUGUUCACCACAUUCGAAAACCUAUCAGCUUUUUAGUUUUUCAAAAAGCAUGAAAAACCAGCUGAAAACUGCAAUUUUCAAAAAUGCACGAAUAACUUUGAAAAACGUGUGUAUUUACGUGUGAUUGUGUGUACUUUCAGGACUUUCUUAAAAAUUACAGUUUCAGCUGGUUUUUCAUGUUUUUUGAAAAACUAAAAAGCUGAUAGGUUUUCGAAUGUGGUGAACAGCCUUAUUCAUACAAUAAAAGUUGAUUUUCUACCCAGGAACAAGGUGAAAAUGGGCAAAAACCAAAACUCAAUUUCAACUUUGGAGCUCCAGAAAAGUGCUCACAGGUGUUUGUGGCAAUUUUUAACUUCGGAUUCGUGAUCAGCUUGGUCGAUUUGGUUUAUUUCGAACGUUUCAUCAAAAGUUCAACACCUAACCCUAUGCACUUCCCUUGUCAGCCCAAAAUCACAAAAAUCUCAAUUUCUAGUUCAAACUCGACCUGAAAUUUGUUGUUAAAUUGAGAUUUCUAGCCUGAAAUUGACCAGAAAUUUCAGAUUUGAAGCCAAAACACAGAAAAUACCCAAAUUUCAUCAAAAAUAGCUUGAAAAUCCAAAAUUGCACCCCUAGAAGCCUAAAAAAUGACCUAGAAACCCAAAAUAUGAUUUUGACGGCCUAGAAACCCAGAAUAUGACCAGAAAUUUCAGAUUUGAAGAAAAUAGCUUGAAAAUUCCCAAAAAUCUCAAUUUUUAGCUAAAAUUCCGAACUAGAAAUCCUCAAAUUUUAUGCUAAAAUUAAUUUUUGAAUUUUUUUCUUUCAGAUCAACGCGCUCAACGUCGAGUUGGCUCAAAUCCGCGACAAAGUCGACACUCGCCGCGGCGACACCUCAGCCAUGUAUCGCCUUCAAUUCUGGAAAGACGCGCUCGCCUCGAUUUUCGACGCCUCUCCCCUUCCCGUCCCACGACAACCCGUCGCAAUCGCUCUCUGCGUUGCCGCUUCUCGCACGCGCCAACCGGAAUUAUUGGCGAAAUUGGUGCAGACGCGGCAAGCGACGAUUGGCGACAAACAAUUUGAGAAUAUUGAAGCGGUCGCUGAAUAUGGCAGAAAUACGACUGGCGCCAUUUUGCAACUUGAAAUUGAUGUUUUGUCAAGGGGAAGCGGAGUGGAUGACAAGGUUUUUGAACUUGCGCGCGAAUUGGGUGCGAGUUAUGCGAUCGCAAAUCUAAUCCGAUCUACACAUCCACUUCUAGCUCGAGGAAUUGUCUUGUUACCCCGAGAUAUUGUGGAAUUACAUGGCACUUCUGCAGAUGCGAUUUAUAAUAAGAAAAAAAUCGAGGAAUCUCGGGGAGUUGCGAAGGAUUUGGCUAGAGAAUCGGAGAGGAUUUUGGAAAAUGUGAGAGAUCAGAUUGAUCAAAUUCCCAAAGAUUUACGAAUUGUUUUUGCUGGCCACGCGAUUUCUAUCGAUUUUAUACUUGGAACAUUGAAGAAGAAGGAUUUUGACCUGUAUUCGGCGUUUUUGCAAAGACCCAAUGGAUUGAUGGUGUGGAAAUUGUUGUGUUGCAAAUUGACGGGAAGAUUUUAA